GCCGCGGCGGGAGGGCCGGCGCCGGGGCCGAGGCCGGGGCCGCUGCGCGGCGGCGGCGGCAUGACGCAGGCGGAGAAGGGCGAGGCGGAGAACGGGAAGGACAAGGAGCGCGAGCGGGAGCGCGAGCAGCGCGGCGGGAAGCGGCCCAUCGUCCCCGCCGCCGUGCCCGAGUCCCUGCAGGAGCAAAUACAGAGCAACUUCAUCGUGGUGAUACACCCGGGCUCCACGACGCUGCGGCUGGGCAGAGCCACGGACACGCUGCCCGUGGGCAUCCCGCACGUGCUGGCGCGGCGGCACCGGCAGCCCGGGCAGCCCGCCUACCGCGACAGCUGGCUCCUGCGCGACGGGCUCAACAAACCUGAAAGUACUGAGCAGAGACAAAAUGGUCUUAAAAUGGUGGACCAAGCAAUAUGGUCCAAAAAGAUGUCAAAUGGUGCAAGGCGUAUACCGGUGUCACCCGAUCAGGCUAGGUCAUACAACAGACAGAUGCGGCCAGCUAUUUUAGAUCACAGCUCUGGGGCCAAGUGGACAAACACAUCAAAUCAUCCGGAAUAUUUGGUAGGGGAAGAGGCACUGUAUGUUAAUCCACUGGACUCUUACAAUAUUCACUGGCCUAUUAGAAGAGGGCAGUUGAAUCUCCACCCAGGACCUGGUGGCUCCCUCACUGCAGUAUUAGCAGAUCUUGAAGUUAUAUGGUCACAUGCAAUACAAAAAUAUCUGGAAAUACCAUUGAAAGACCUAAAGUACUACAGAUGCAUUUUACUAAUCCCAGACAUCUAUAAUAAACAACAUGUGAAAGAACUGGUAAAUAUGAUCCUAAUGAAGAUGGGCUUCUCAGGAAUUGUGGUACACCAGGAAUCUGUGUGUGCUACUUUUGGAAGUGGUUUAAGCAGUGCAUGUAUAGUAGAUGUGGGAGAUCAGAAGACAAGUGUUUGCUGUGUAGAAGAUGGUGUUUCCCAUCGCAACACCAGGCUAUGCCUAGCAUACGGAGGAUCUGAUGUGUCAAGGUGUUUUUACUGGCUUAUGCAACGAGCUGGGUUCCCAUAUAGAGACUGUCAGCUAACUAAUAAGUUGGACUGCCUUCUGCUUCAGCACUUAAAGGAAACAUUCUGUCAUCUAGACCAGGAUAUUUCUGGACUGCAAGACCAUGAGUUUCAAAUUCGUCAUCCAGAUUCACCAGCUUUAUUAUACCAGUUCCGAUUAGGGGAUGAAAAAUUACAGGCUCCAAUGGCUCUGUUUUAUCCAGCAACUUUUGGAAUUGUGGGGCAAAAAAUGACAACUUUACAAUACAGGUCGCAAGGUGAUCCUGAGGAUCCUCAUGAUGAACACUACCUAUUAGCCACACAGAGUAAGCAGGAGCAGUCUGCAAAAGCUACAGCUGAUAGAAAAUCAAUGUCCAAGCCUGGUGCAUUUGAGGGAGACUUGCGAGGCCAGACCUCAGACAUUUCAGAGAGGAUCUACCCUCAAGAAGUGGAACUGGGAUCUUCUCAGGGUGAUUGUAUGAUAUCUGGAAAUGAUUCAGAGGAACCUUUAACUGCACACAUGUCCAGGAAAACAGCUAUCUCUCAGUUUGAAGGCAAAGCCUUAGGCCUUGACAAAGCCAUUCUUCAUAGUAUUGACUGCUGUGCAUCUGAUGAUACAAAAAAGAAGAUGUACAGCUCCAUCCUAGUAGUGGGAGGAGGCCUUAUGUUUCAUAAAGCUCAGGAGUUUCUUCAACACCGAAUUCUCAACAAAAUGCCACCUUCUUUCAGAAGAGUUGUUGAAAAUGUUGAAGUCAUUACAAGACCUAAGGAUAUGGAUCCCCGCUUAAUUGCAUGGAAAGGAGGUGCAGUUUUGGCCUGUCUUGAUACAACUCAGGAGCUAUGGAUAUAUCAGCGGGAAUGGCAACGUUUUGGUGUCAGAAUGUUACGAGAGCGAGCUGCAUUUGUGUGGUAAUUCAUAUGUUUACAGUGGAGCACGGUUAACUUAAUAUGCCUUACCUGAAAUGCCACUUUUCCAGUGCAGAGGUAUUGGUCUUCUGCUGAUGGGUGUUUUUGUAUUUUACUGAAACUAAGUCUUGAGAUUUUCCAGUAGUAGUGCAAAAAUCCUGUCAAGUGAGAAGGUGUUACCUUCAGCAUUGCCAUACUCUGUCUUUUAAAUUGUAUGCAUCGAAUUCUCUAGGUAUAGUGUCACAGUCAUCUCCAAAUUCAUAUCUAUAUAAUACAGGUUGUUUUGUGUAUUAAAAAAUGCACAACGUGGGUAUUUGAUACAGUAAAUACUAAAGUGGCAGAUGUUAAACCAGGAUUUGUUUGGGAUGCACGUAUGUUCCACGGAAGUAAGAGCUGCACACUGCAAUCUAUGGACUUAACAAGGCAUUCUGAUUCCUACUCUAUUAUUACUAGGAGAAAAAAAAAAACUGUUAUAUAAAUGAUCACCCCGAAAAAAAAGUAAAACGAAGGAUUUAAAUGACUGUUGCUUUUUGUAUUUUGCUUCUAAAAUAAAUUGUAUUAUUUACUGGAAAAA